AUGACGAGCACACCUGGCACCGUCCAGGUUACCACACCCAAACGCGUAUCCAAGAUGCCCUCCAACCAGGUCAAUGUGAAUGAUCUCCUCAACUUUACGCUGCCCCCGAGGCAGUCGCGACCCACCACGAAUUUACCGCGCAGGAGUAGGAAGACGGGCACUGCGCAGGGCGUAUGGAAUAAGGAACGGUUUGUCAAUGCACAGUACAGGUUUGUUAUGAACCCCACAGGCGAUUAUACGGUACACUUCGCUGACCCGGACAUCUUCUUCCAAUGGCAUGAUAUUCUGCAGGUCGUAGUACCUCGCUCGUCGGCUUUGGCGGCGGCGGCGGCUUCUGGAGAGCUCGCUACCCAAGAGGAAGGCUACACGACCUGCCCAAUCUGUCUCUCACCUCCUGCAGCACCUCGAAUGACCAAGUGUGGUCAUGUGUUUUGUCUCCCUUGCAUCCUGCACUAUUUAAGCACAUCAGAGAACAAAUGGGCACGGUGCCCGAUUUGCUUUGAUUCGGUGAAUGAGAGGCAACUGAAGAGCGUCAAGUGGUACACUGGACCCGCACAGUUAGACGAAGACACUGACACUAGCCACCCCCACGCGUCGUCGUCGUCAUCUUCUGUGGUCAAUGACGCCUUCGAGACCAGUCCGAAGGAGGGAUCAUCACUCCUUAUGAAACUCAUCCAGCGGCCUCAAAUCACCACACUUGCCCUUCCUCGCUCUCAUACAUGGCCCUCCGACUUGUUAUCUCCACAUCAAGCACCCUUCCACUUCCUACCCGAUGUUUUCAGCUUUGCAAAGUUCAUGCUCGCAACACCAGCGUAUCUCAUAUCUGAUCUAACUCAAGAUUUGGAUGAGCUGGCAUCUGAACGGCGGAUGCUGUCGGCGAUGAACGAUCCUCUAGGCGUGAUGUUCAUAGACGGUGCCGAUCGGAAAGUUCGAGAGCAGAUUGCCAAAGCUGCUGCUCUGGAGACACCGCUUCUCAAGGAACAGAUCGAGAAGACGCAGAGAGACCUGCUGGAGAUUGAAGAGCGCGUCGCUUACCAGGCGCGUCGAAAGAAGGCUGAAGAGGAUGCAGCUCUGAUUACGGCAGAGCCUUCAUCGGAGGUUCCGCAUGACUUCCUUGCUUUUCGUUCCAAUGGCCUGAACAGCCAGUUGCCACAAGUGCAACCUACACCGACGCCGUCCCGACAACCUUCACAAGGUCGUAAUCAACCCCGCCAGCGUCGAAAUAUUAACCCUCCACCUCCAUCAACGUCCGCGUACUAUUAUUACCAAGCCGCAUCCGGCCUUCCCCUCUUCCUCCAUCCUCUAGACAUCAGAAUCCUUCUUUCCCACUUCCACAGCUACUCCUCAUUCCCCGAUGUUAUCACUGUGCGCGUCGAUUCCGUGGCUGAAGGCACUGUAAACGACGACCUCCGCAAGCGGUGUAAGUACCUCGCGCAUAUGCCUGAGGGUGCAGAUGUCGUCUUUGUCGAGGCCGACUUGACGGGCGUUGUAGGCAAGGAAGGUUUGAAGAACUUCGAGGGGCCCUUGAAGAUGCGCACCGCGCGGAGAAAGGAGAAGAGCAAGAAGGAGGACAGAGCAAGGAUGCGUGCGGAGGACAAGGAACGCGAGAGGAUCAACCAGAGCUGGUCUGCGGCGUGGUCAGGCGCGUCUGUGGCCUCGUCGACUCCCAUAAACCUGGCUGACCUACCCACGGAGGAUUUCUCUGCGCUGGGGGACGUGUCUGUACCUGUGCAGCCGCAGCUUGCUACCGCACACCCAACGACCCCGGUACAGACCUCGGGGGCAUGGGGUGGAAGGAGCUUUGCGUCCGCCAUCCAUUCGAACUCGCCUCGUCCGGCCACCGGCGCUCAGCGAUCGAGGGUGCAGGCUACGGAGGAUGAGUGGGACCUUGAUGUCGCGUGGCAUGAGCUAGAACAACAGAACGGCGGCGGUGGGAGGAGGAAACGCGCUAACAAGCUGGUUGUGCUUGGAAGUGGAGGCGGUGGUGCAAGACGGCGAUGA